AUGGCCGUCACCGACGAUAUCGUCGCGACUGCGCCACUAGGAGUAACAUCACCACUUCGAACACCUAACAAGCAACCAAUGACGAAGAACGUCGCGAACGUCGUGCUGGGAAACCUUCACAUCACGCCAUGGUUUCCCUCUUUCUAUCCCGAAGAUCUGGUGGGAGGAAGGAAAACAGAUUGGCUCUACGUUUGCCAAUGGUGCUUCAAGUAUACGCCGGAGAUCAUGAAGUAUAGUGCACAUUGCGUACGUGGAAAGGCCCCCGGAUAGGAGCGUUGGAUAGGAUGAGAGCUGAUUGAGAUAGAAAGUCUGCCCGAUGAAGCACGAAGCUCCGUACGGCGAGGUGAUAUACGAGCAAGAUGAGUUUGUCAUUCACAAGGUUGAUGGAGAGGAGUACAAAGUGAAGAUCCCUCCAUAAGGCACACAAGCUCCAUACUGAUCAGAGUACAGCUCUACUGCCAGAACCUCUCCCUCUUUGCCAAGCUCUUCCUCGAAACCAAGUCAGUCUUCUUCGAUGCCUCCACAUUCCUUUACUACACUCUCGUCCUCAAAUCCGCCAACGCAGUUGAACGUCCCUACGGCCAAGUAGCAGGCUUCUUCAGCAAAGAGAAGAUGUCUUGGGAUAACAACAAUCUCGCCUGCAUACUCAUAUUCCCUCCAUAUCAGCGUCGUGGGCUAGGUCAAGUGCUGAUGAGCGCUUCGUACGUGCUUGGAAAGCGAGAAGGACGAUUCGGUGGACCGGAGAGGCCUUUGAGCACACUGGGAAGGAAAGGAUAUUUGACGUAUUGGUGUGGAGAAGUUGCGAGGUACAUACUUGGUUGCUCCAAGCAGAAGACAGUGAGCAUCAAGGAGGUCAGCGAGGACACAUGGAUCAUGACGGAUGAUGUUGUGGCUGCGUUGAAGGAGAUGGAUGUACUGGAGAACAGGAAGACUGCCAGUGGGAGUAUUGUGGUGAACAAAAGCAAGGUGCGAGCUUGGGCGGAGAAGAACAAGAUCAGCUUGGAGUCAGUGGUGGAUGUGGAGGCCUUCGUCGAGGAGGAAGGGAGCUCGUUGAGUGAGGAAAUGGAGGAGUGA